AAAAAUGUAUCGAGUUCAAUUCCGUUUCAGCUGAAAAAGGAAGCUGAGAUCUGCUUACCGAAAUGGGAAAUAUAAAUUGUGUUUCCAAAUGCUCCAGGCCAGUUGGAACACAUUUUGGCGCUUUUGAUAAGGUGGAAAAAUCGACCACUUCCUGUUUGUUUCUCGAAUAUUUUCAUUACAAUUCGGUGUUGACAUCACCAUGAAGUAUUUUCUUCUAUUCCUGGUGGUCAUCCACCAAAUGAAAAAUGCCGAAGCCCUAAGAAGAGGUGAUGAUAAGAAAAAACAGUUAUCAUCCAGUGCUAACGGAGUCUCUGGCCUGAUGCGCGUCGAAGAAAAGACUAAACGCCUCGUCCGUGUAUCGCAGUUGGCUGUCGGUGACGUCAUACGCGGAAUCACCGGAAGGGACAAGAAUCCUGCGUGGUGCAAGGUACUGGCAGUAUUUCCAGCAGCACAUGGUCAGACGCAGACUACGUAUGACGGAUUCACUUCCGGUCAGAUGGUCGUAGAGCGUACAGUCCACCUGUAUGGCGCAAAUGGAACGCUGUGCACAGAAUCUGUGUUUAUACUAGCGACAGAUUGUGAUGCUGUGGUGAACUCAGCCGGGCAUACGUUCACGCCCCUAGGUAAAGAAUUCCGUCCACUCCAGUUGAGUUGGCGCGAUUAUCUUCAGUUGAUGGGCUCAAUACGCCGCGUAAUCGACCUCACUGGAAAUUUCUGGUUUGACGUGAAUCUAUACCACGACAACGAGACAGCACCUGUACCGCACUGGGUCGAUCGGCUGCCUCAGGUAUGCCAAGAGCUGUUUGAAUGCGCGCAGCAAAACUUUUCUCAGUGUUUAAAACUUCAAGAGGUUAUGACAGAAUUCACGCAAACGUACCUAAGCAGGGAAUACGCUGAGGUCGUGGAACAAGCUCUUACGAAGAUUAAUGGCGAUUCGGCGCAAAAUGGCGAGGCUGAGGGCACCACUGCCGAAGCCUUUUCAAAGAGAAGUAGGCGUGUGUUUGUGAUGACAGUUAUGGCUGCCACUAUGGCGCUUGUAGGAUUGAUACUACUUGUAGCGGUGUUGAUCGAUUUUUAUCGCGGACGAAAGGCCCGGAGGGUGACUCGCUAUUCUCUGGUGAAGGUUCAGCUUUGAAGUAAGUCGUAAGAGUGGACCGAAAAUAUUUCAAUGGUAUCACACUUCCUACGGACCCUCAAAUAUGAUAAAUUAGGCACCUGGUCUAUGGAAAAAUUCAUUACCUGACGAGGGAAUUCCGCGUUAGAUUGCACGCGAAAACCAAUAUCACGAAUCACGAAAAUUGAUGAGUGCGAUAUCGGUUUCCACGUGUAAUUUAACGCGGAAUUCACGAGUCAGGCAAUGGAUUUUCCUUGAAUCGCAAAAUUGAAUAAAAAUUAGAAAAAAUAAAACAGCAAUAGCUUCGUUUGUUAUUUAUACUGAGCGCCAAAUGAGAGAAUCGAAUCAAUAUCACAGCCACGUUUUCA